UGUUUUCUCGGAUUAUGAUUAUUUGACUGAACUGGGCUCAGUCUUUAUGACUUUAUGGGGCAAGAUUUCUGAGUUUAUCACGUGUGCUGAUUUACUGGUGUAAUUAUUUUGUUUUUCAUCGUGAUAUUAAGGUCAUUACCUAACAAGUUUAUGUGUUUCUUCAGACUGUUGUCCUUUGCUCCAGCCACGUGAGGCUCAACCCCACACAGCCUAAUUUUUGCCUUUAAAAGGAGUCAUGUUUUGUGAAGAGAUUAUGAUAACUUUGUGGACUGUGGACUGCAGUUCAUGUGCAGCUCUGAUGUGGAUCUAUUAGUCAGCAGCAGAGAGGGACCUAUUGGAGAAUCACAGCCUAUCAAUUCUGUUAAUGAUCACCCGCUCUCUUUACAUGAGGACGCUGGAUCGUGCUCUCUCUCUCAGUAGCUGAUUUGUGAUCUGACAGUGAAGUUGCACCUUAAGCCCCUCAGGGAGGUUACAGAUUUGAUUGCGUCCUGCCUUCAGAGGACCUUACUGAAGGGCAGUCAUGCGUCUGAUAGGGUCCGCUGUCCUUUUCUCUGUCCUGCUGCAGGCUAUGUCUGCUCCGACAGAGGACUGGCAGACGGCUACGUCUAUUUAUGACUUCUCAGCAACAGAUAUUGAUGGCAAUUUGGUUUCCUUGGAAAAAUACAGGGGGAAUGUUGUCAUCAUCACCAACGUUGCCUCUAAAUGAGGUAAAACCGAAAUAAACUACUCUCAGUUUGCUGACAUGCACGCCAGGUACACUGAGAGAGGUUUACGCAUCCUCGCCUUCCCUUCUAACCAGUUUGGGAACCAGGAGCCCGGCACUGAUGCUCAGAUCAAGCAGUUUGCUCAGUCCCACAACGCCCAGUUUGACAUGUUCAGUAAGAUCAAUGUGAACGGGGACGAUGCUCAUCCUUUGUGGAAGUGGUUGAAAGAUCAGCCUAAUGGGAAAGGCUUCCUGGGAAAUAGUAUCAAGUGGAAUUUCACCAAGUUUUUGAUCAACAGAGAGGGUCAGGUGAUGAAGAGAUAUGGACCCCUGGAUGAUCCGAGUGUGGUGGAAAAGGAUCUUGGCAGAUACUUGUAAACAUCUAACUGAUGACUGAUGCCUCCAUUUUGUCUUCCUAACGCCUUUUAUAGCUCUUUUUUCCUUCUCUCCAAACACCAGUGGAUAUAGUUUGAGUCCACCCCAGACCAGUGACGGCCUGUUCAUAAACCCGCAUGGCGGGCAGAGCAGGCCUGAUGAAAAUGGCGUGCAAACCUCCUGGGAGGAUUACCAAGUUUGUAUCCACUUGGUUCUGUGGCGAGAAGGAGAAAUAGGCUCUAAAUGGUUCAUUAACUCUUUUAGUAGAUUAAUGCGUGGCAUUUCUUUCAUAAUAAAAGAUAUUGUUCUAAUGGUA